UCAAUUUCCGUCGUCUGCAUUUUGAAAAGGGAACUUAAGUACCGAAAGUGAAAGUGUUACUGUUCAGAAUCCAUUCUGAGAAGACAUAAUUCUACAAAAAGAACAGUCAAAGGAGGAAACGAAAUAACGCUUAAAACUAAUGAGGCGAUCUAAUCUAAAAUGAGUUUCUCUGGGGAGAGAGAGCGGGGUACAGCCUCUAAAAGGAGGUACUCUGGGACAGAGGAGGCAACCACUGCCUCGAUAAGGAGUAUAUCUGGGGAGAAAAACAUAAAGAGUGAGGUUGCGAGGGUUUGUAAAGAGAGAGCAGAAUCCCUUGCACCCAGCUGUCUGUCCAUGAAGAGUGACCGGUCAAUGAGUCUACCUGAAUACUUCAGAAAAACAGACUUCCCUACUACACAAUGUAUGGACAAUGGUGGGGAGUUCACAAUGAAAUCAAUGCCUACAAAAUGUCAAACUAUUUUGAGAGUCCAUCAAGAAAUGAAGACUGAACUGAAACAGAAGUUUCAACUAAUGUGUGAAGGAAUUGGACACCACGGAAACUUUCAAACUUUGUUUAAGGGCAUCUACACAGAGCUGUAUAUCACAGAGGGUGGAAGUGGAUGGGUCAAUAAUGAACAUGAGUUGAGACAGACUGAAUUCAAGAGACAAACCACACAAGAGACAUCAAUCAAAUGCAAUAAUAUCUUCAAGCCUUUACCUGGACAAAACAAACCAAUCAGAACUGUGCUGACAAAAGGAAUCGCUGGCAUUGGAAAAACAGUCUCUGUGCAGAAGGUCAUCCUUGACUGGGCAGAGGGAACAGCCAACCAGGACGUUAAUUUAAUGUUCCUUCUUCCUUUCCGUGAUCUGAACUUGAAAAAGGACCAAUAUAGUCUGAUGCAACUUCUUACCUAUUACUACCCAGGGUUGAAAGAGAUUGACAGCUUUGAAGAUGGUGAAACCAAAACCGUUUUCAUUUUUGAUGGUCUGGAUGAGUGUCGACUUCCACUAGACUUUAAAAACAAUAAGAAGUGUUAUGAUGUCACACAAUCAACCUCAGUGGAUGUGCUUCUGACAAACCUCAUUAAGGGGAAUCUGCUUCCCUCUGCUCUCGUCUGGAUAACCACACGACCUGCAGCAGCCAAUCAAGUCCCUCCUGAGUGUGUUGACCGGCUGACAGAGAUACAAGGGUUCAAUGAGCGACAGAAGGAGGAAUACUUCAGGAAGAAAGUCAUAGAUGAUAUUCUUGCCAAUGAAAUCAUUAAACACAUAAAAUCAUCCAGAAGCCUCCACAUUAUGUGUCACAUACCAGUUUUCUGUUGGAUAUCUGCCAUUGUCCUUGAGGAAAUGCUGAAAGAAGCAGAAAAUAAUGAAAUCCCGAAAACUCUAACCCAGAUGUAUGAACACUUCCUGCUCAUCCAAACCUGUAUGAAGAACAAAGAGUACAACAAACCCACCAAGACAAACCCAAACGAAUUGUCACAGUCAGACAAACAGAUGAUCCUGAAACUGGCAGAGCUUGCAUUCCAACAGCUGCUGAAGGGCAACCUGAUUUUCUAUGAGGAGGACUUGAGAGAGUGUGGUAUUAAUGUCACAGAAGCAUCUGAAUACUCAGCAAUAUGUACAGAGAUCUUUAAAGAAGUAUCUGGGCUUUACCAGGACAAGGUAUUCAGCUUUGUACAUCUGAGCAUUCAGGAGUUUCUAGCAGCAGUACAUGCUCUAGAAUCCUUUCUGGGUGAGAAGGAAAAUGUUUUCUCCACCACUAGUGAUGAUGAUAACAAAGUUAGGGAGUUAUUCAAGUUGUCUGACCUACAUGAAAGUGCAGUAAACCAGGCCUUGAAGAGUGAAAAUGGACACCUGGACCUGUUCCUUUGCUUCCUUCUUGGCCUCUCACUGGAGUCCAAUCAGAAUCUCUUACAAACCCUUCUGACACAGACAGGAAGAACAAAACAGAGCAAUGAGGAAUCAGUCAAAAGAACAAUUGAGUAUCUUACAGACAAGAUCAAGAAGGAAUCCUCUCCAGAAAGAAUAAUCAACUUGUUUCACUGUCUGAAUGAACUUAACGCCAACUCUCUAGUUAAUAAGAUGCAAACCUCCCUGCGAUCAGGAACUAUUUCAGGAACAUGGCUACAACCUCACCAAUGUUCAGCCCUGGCCUACCUGUUACUGAUAUCUGAGGAAGUGUUGGUGGACUUUGACCUAAAGAUGUACAACACAUCAGAGGAAGGUUAUCAGAGGUUGUUGCCGGUAGUGAAAACCUGCAAGAAAGCACUUCUGUAUGGCUGUAACCUCACAUAUAAAUCCUGUGAGACUCUAGCCUCGGCUCUGCAGACAGCAAACAGCCCCCUGAGAGAACUGGAUGUCAGCUACAAUCACCUGGGAGAUAGAGGAGUAGAGGUGCUCUGUGCUGGACUAACCAGUCCACUCUGCAAAAUACACACACUUGUACUGGCUGGCUGUGAUCUCAAAUCCUGUGAGAUGCUGGCCUCAGCUCUGCAGACAUCAAACUGCCCAGUGAGAGAUCUUGACCUUAGCUACAAUCACCUUGAAGACAGAGGGGUGAAGCUGCUUUGUGCUGGACUAACUAGUUCAUUGUGUAACAUACAGAAAAUUGUUCUAGGUCAUUGUGGACUGACAGAGGGUUGUUGUUCAGAUAUUGCCUCAGUCCUGCGUUCACCCAACUCACAACUGGAACAACUGGACCUGAAAAACAAUGACCUAAAAGACUCCGGAGUUACACUGCUCUCUGCUGGACUGGAGGAUCCAAACUGUAAACUACACACACUGGGGUUGUCUGGUUGUCUGGUCACAGAGGAAGGCUGUGCAUCUCUGGCUUCAGCUCUGCAGUCAAACCCUUCCCAUCUGAGGGAACUGGACUUGAGAUACAAUCACCCAGGUCACUCUGAAGUGAAAAUGUACCGGAGACCAACAAACAUUAUUACAGAUCAUGGUGGAGAGUUCAGGUUGAAAUCAGGGCUGAGAAAAUAUGCCUGUGUUCUCAAACUGGAUCCAAACACAGCACACAGAAACCUCUCUUUGUCUGAGGGGAACAGGACCGUGACAGAGGGAGAAAAGAAGCCAUAUCCUGAUCACCCAGAGAGAUUUGAGUAUUGUUACCAGGUGUUGUGUAGAGAGGGUCUGACAGGACGCUGUUACUGGGAGGUAAUGAGGACUGGAGAGGCUGGUAUAGCAGUGACCUAUAAGGGAAUCAACAGGAAAGAAAAUGGGGAGGGGAGUAGGUUUGGAUAUAAUAACAAGUCCUGGUGUCUAGACUACUGUAGUAACAGUUAUACUGCCAGGCACAAUGUUAAUUUCACAAUGAUACCUGUCCUCUCCUGGUCCAACAAAGUGGGAGUAUAUCUGGACUGGCCUGCCGGCACUCUGUCCUUCUACAACAUCUCCUCUGACACAGUUACCCACAUAUACACAUUCCACUCGACCUUCACUGAGCCCCUCUAUCCAGGCUUUUGGGUUAACUCAUCAGUUUCUCUGUGUCAGGUAGAAUAGCAUCCUGUGUUUUGGAGGAACAGUUGUGUCUUCAGGGAAGUCACACUCCUGUUCAAACAAAUGGGUGACUAAGUUUGUGAACCCCUUUUUGCAAUUAUAUAUAUAUAUAUCACCCUGAAAAUGUUCACCAUCAAAGUGUUCAGCAUGAAAUUUAUUCCGAACCAGAUUUUUUAUUAGACAUAACAGCUUUAUAGGUACCAGCUCCUUAUGUCAGUUUUUCUAAAACAAAAUUAAAAAGGAAUUAUUGUAGGUGCAAAAAUAAGUGAGGCCGAAUUUAAAUAAGGUAUUUAAGGCACUUUUUGGGAAAAUAACUGGGUACCAAAUGAACCAAUCAAAUGAGGGAACUUUAGGAAAGAGUUUGGGACUGAUAAAUAGAGACAAGAAACCUGGUAAAUGUAUUGUCCCUUACAAAACACACCAUGCCGAGAGGAAAGGAGAUCUCAGAGGACAUCAGUCUGGGGAAGGCUAUUCAACCAUCUCAAAAUUAUUUGAGGUCCAUCCGUCCACUGUGAGGCCAAUCAUUUACAAAAGUAGAAGACAUUUAACAUGACAGCAACUCAGCCUAGAAGUGGAUGCCCUUCCAAAAUAUCCCCAAGACCCACAAGAAAACGUAUAAAUCAGGUAAACGCAAACCUAAAUUGCUGCAUCUCAGGUAACACUGAAUCAAAAUUACAUUUAUUGCAGGGUUCAGAGAAAACCUCUGUUGUCAAAAAAAUACCAACCUUUGCUAGAGGCCACCUGGACAAAACUCAAGGUAAAUUGAAGGAGUAGGGUAGCAUGUGCAACUGAAAUGCAGGGAUAGCAGCAAUGAGGUUCCCGAUGUAAACAUGUUUAUGUAACAAUUGAAAAUGCUAGUACAGUGGCAGUUCUGAAUGUGCUUUAAGGUGCAAGUCUGCAUGUGCAAAUGAAAUACAUGAACAGCAGCAAUUACACAUACCUGAAGACAACUGAAAACUUCCUUAUCAGACUUUGUAAGGCAGUGACAGAUUCCAGUAGUACAAAGGUUGGGUAUGGUUAGUGAUGAGUCCAAAAUUGACCGCUUUAGCCACGGUCAAAACAACUGUUUGGCAAAACACAACAUUGCCUACCAUCAAAAGAACCUUAUCCCAACCGUCAAGCAAGGUUGUGGUUAACAGGCUGCUUUUCCUCUAGACAUGGUUGAUUGCUCAUCAAGGGAACCAUUAAUUCUGAGGUAUACCAGGAGAUUCUUGAACAUUAUGUCAGGCCAUCAGUCAAGAAGCUAAAGCUGGGACAAAAAUAGGUUUUCCAACAAGACAACAUUCAAGAAAAUCUACUAAAGAAAGGCUCCAGACCUUAAUGAGGCUACAUCGGAGGGAAGACCAAAAACUAUCGUACCACUUUAUGUUUAAGAAUUCAACGAAAACAGUUUGUUGCAAACGCAGGACAAAUUUGCCGUGCAGAACUCUCAUGGACUGUAAUGUAUCACCAUUUAAAGAGAAAUCGCUUUGUAGCCGACAGAAGAUGAAUAGUGCUUAGCAUGUGUGGAUACAUUUAGUGUAUGAGCUGUCAAACUGUUGUGAGCAAUGAAGCGAAAUAUUAAAUGUCUGUAGCAUAUGCUCAAACUGAAAGUUGCAAG